AUGAUUGGAAGAAAAUGCUUGGUUACUGGGGCUUCUCAGGGAAUUGGCUAUGCAAUCUCACACAAACUUGCUCUGAUGGGAGCUAUUGUGACGUUGGUUGCAAGAAAUGAAGAAAAGUUGCAGAGGAACCUUGAAACUUUGCCAGGAAUGAACGACGAUACCCCACACUCGUACGUGAAGUAUGACUUGAACGAUUUAUUGAAAGACUCUUCUGAUGACAAGAAUCCGGAAGGAAACUACGCAAAGAUUCUUAGUAAAUUGUCAGAAACAUCUGUUCUUCUCAAUUGUGCUGGUGUCACCACUCAUUCCUUACUUUCUAAAACAUCCACUUCGGAUAUUCAUUCCGUAUUGAAUGUAAAUUUGAUUGCUCCAAUAAUUCUUAGCAAAUUGGCGUACAAGAGUAUGUUGAUUAGUGCUAACACAGAUUCUGCACCUUAUUCACCCUCUAUUAUCAAUAUAUCGUCUAUUUUAUCCUUUACAGGCACGACAAUACCUGGUACGUCGGUCUAUGCUGCACUGAAAGCUGGCUUGCUCGGAUUCACCCAAUCUUUGGCAGAUGAGUUCAAAGGCAAGGUUCGUGUAAAUUCGAUCUUACCUGGUUUGAUCUCUGAAACCGAUAUGGGUUCCAAAGUCAAUUCCUCGAAAUUGGAUGUCAAGCCGGUACCUCUUGACACCGUAAGUGAAGCAAUAGUGCAGACGAUAUUGAACGACGCUAUAAAUGGAGAAUGCAUAGUAGUUGAUGGAAAAGGUGAAAGAAAGUUAAAAGCUUAUUAA